CCUUGAUUGGGCCGAUCCAGUCUGUCGCCCACGCACGAUCGCCCUAGACGCCCAUCGUGCUCUGCCCUCUGCAUCCGUCCUGCGCGUCGCAUACCCGCGAUGGCAUCAACAAGCAAACAGUACAAGGCCAUAGGCGAAGACAUAUGGAAGGGCAGGACAGAGAAGAUCAAUGCAGAGCUGUUUGCUCUCACAUAUGGAGCCCUCGUGGUACAGCUCAUACAGGACUAUGAAGAUUACGCAGAGGUCAACAAGCAACUAGAGAAGAUGGGCUACAACAUUGGAACGCGUCUCAUCGAGGACUUCCUUGCGCGGAGUGCGAUCGGACGCUGUUCGGAUUUUAAGGAGGUCGGGGAGGUGGUCGCGAAGGUCGGCUUCAAGUCUUUCCUGAACAUAACUCCCACCGUGAUGCAUGCCGGACCCCUCCCGUCCGAAUCAACACGAAGUAGCACUCCGACUCCUUCAGCAAAUGCAGUAGGGUCGUCCUUCACGUUGACCCUGGACGAAAACCCUCUUGCGGAGUUUGUGGAACUUCCAGAGGAGGCGCUCGAAGGCGGGUUGUGGUUCAGCAACGUGUUGUGUGGUGUCCUGAGAGGUGCUCUGGAAAUGGUUCAGAUGCAGGUCCAGGCGAGCUUCAUAGCAGAUGUGUUGCGUGGCGAUGAGACCACUGAGAUCCGAGUGACGCUGCUCAAGUACUUGGAGGAGGAAGUGCCUGUAGGAGACGACUAGACGUGUGUACGCGCCGAUGUACAGUACGCUAAAUUAUUCCACCCCUGGCCCAAGGAGCUCGAUGUAUUGCAGCGUGAAUAUCCAGCGCGGUGAAGGACUAGUGCAAACAGCAACAUAUGAUUCCUCGCCCAACACGUC